ACGAAAUUUCAAUGGGAUAAAAUUGAAAUAUUUAAAAAAUAUUCAUGAAAAUAGAAAUCUUUUAGAAAUAAUAUUAACGGAUAAACACUGUCACGUAAUCAUAUCGUAGAUAUCUAACUAUAUAAAAAUUCUCGUGGAACGUUUUAAAAAAUAAAAAUAAUUACGAUCGAUCGCGUCAAACGAUUUCUAUCGCUACAAUGUAUCGCUCAUAUCGAUUUAUAUAGAAUGAGCAACGUUUAUCUGUAAAUAUUAUCAAAAAUUAAGCGAACUUAUAAGUAUAAUAUUAAUAACUACGACAUUGAUAUCAAUCAAUCAAUCAAUCAAUUAAUCAAUAAUUUUCUCGACAAUGAAUCUCGUCAUAAGACUGAUUUUUCAGACAUUUCUUACGCAUUCCGUGAAAGAAAGAAAGAAGAAUCUUAACUAGUAAAAAUAUACUAUGAAAGAACAAAAAAAAAAAAGAAGAAAGAAAAAAAAUACAAUACACACACACACAUACAUAUAUAUAUAUAUAUAUAUAUAUGCAUUAUGUAAGAACAAAUACAUCGACAUUAUCAUAAAUUUUUUAAAUUAAUAAUAAUAAGUAGCCAACUUUUUACACUUACCACCGAUAAAUAAAUAGAUUAUAAGUUGCGUCAUUUUAAUUGCGAUUUAUAAAAAGCUUUAGAAAGCUUUACUACGAUACUUGUAUAUAUAAUAUCAUUUGUAUUUAUUAUUUUGUAUGUAACUAGGUAUAUAUAUAUAUAUAUAUAUAUAUACUUUUACAACAUUGUUAUAUAAUUAUGUGUACGUACGCAUAAUAUAUCAAAAGAUGACAAUAAAUGUGCUGCGAAAGCAAAUUUAUGAUAUUUCGUUAAUUUUCCUAUUAAAUCUCUUUAUGUGUGUGUGUGGAUUUUAUGUAUAAGUAGAUUUUAUUCGACUUACAAGUUUUUUUUUUAUCAUUUUCUUCAUGAUAGGUUAGUAAUAUGUUUUUCUAAUGAAGAAAUUCGUUCGUCCAAUAGUCAAAAAUAUGUAUUCUUCGAAAUCGUUGAAUAGUAGAGUACAUAAAUAUUAUGAUAAUUGAUUGGUAAAAGAAAAAAAAAGAAAAGGAAGAAAAAAAAAGAAAAGAAAAAAAAAACGAAACAAAAUAAAAACACAAUUUAAAAUUCAUAAAUAUCGUGAAUUUAAAAAAUAUAGUUCGCCCGCGUUCGUUAAUUCAACGUUAUGUAAACUUUACGAACGCAAGGAAUAUGUGCGAUAUAGCACCAUCUAGAAUCGUGCGACCAAUGAGAAUGAUGAUUCGAGCGCGCCGAACCGAAAGCAUUUACAUUUUCGACCAAUCGUCUUCAAGCUCGUCGUCGCUUUCGUCAUAAUCACAAAUUUAUCGUAUAAACAAAUAUCACCCAUAUUUUCUUUCUCAUUUUUUUUCUUCUCUCUCUCUCUCUCUCUCUCUCUUUCUUCUUCGUAUAAAUCUAAUAUUAAAACGAUGAUCGUAUAUAAGAGUAAUUCUCGUAUGUGGUUAUGAAACAAAAGAGAGAAAGAGAAAGAGAGAGAGAGAAAGAGAGAGAGAGGGAAGAAGAAAAGGAAAAAAGAAAGAAAUAAUGUAACAGGAGAAACGACCAAUCAACGUUCGUUUAUGAAAGAAUCUCAAAUCCGAUUUUCAUUCAGACAAGUAAUUCUUAGAACUUUUGGAAAUCAGCUGAUGACGUAAUAACCAACGAAUGACGGUGGCACCAAAAGAGACAAAACUUGUAUAUCCAUAUAUAUAUGUAUAUAUAUAAUAAGUGUCUAUGCUAUGCUAUGCGCGUCUGUGUAUGUGUGUGCGUGUAUGUGUAUGUAUGUAUGUAUGUAUGCGUGUGUUGGUGGGCGCGAGACAAAGUAUGGCGUAGGAUUUGUGGCCUCGUUCAUCGAAGUGCUUCGAGAGUCUGGCAUUGAACGAUAAAAAAGACGACAUCGUGUCGGAUCGUAUAGCAGGAUGAGCGUCGAUGCUUAUGGGCCAAGUAGCCAAACCCUAACGUUCCUUGAUACCGAGGAAGCUGAUUUAAUUGGUGCCGAUACUCAAGGAAGUGAAUUUGAUUUCACAGACUUUACAUUACCAUCACCAAGCCAGACACAGGCUUCGCAACACGAUGCGGCUCAAAGUCAACCGAGUCAGCCUAUACAGGUUAAUGGAACGAGCGGUAGUUCGUCAUUGGACUUAAAAAUUUCUGGUGCUGCUCAGAGCCUAGCCGAAUUACAAUUUGAAGAGGAAGAAGAAGAGGCAUAUUAUAAUCGUGAUUUACCAGAACAUGCUUGCAAAUAUUGCGGUAUUCAUGAAGCUUCUUGCGUCGUUAUGUGCAAUGUAUGUCGUAAAUGGUUCUGCAAUGGACGAGGCAAUACAUCUGGUUCUCAUAUUAUCAAUCACCUUGUUCGAGCAAAGCACAAAGAAGUUACAUUGCACAGAGAUGGACCAUUGGGUGAAACUGUAUUAGAAUGUUAUUCUUGUGCGGUUAGAAAUGUAUUUGUUCUUGGUUUUAUACCGGCUAAAGCAGAUUCUGUUGUCGUAUUAUUGUGCCGACAACCUUGUGCAGCCCAGAGCUCUCUAAAAGACAUGAAUUGGGAUCAAGAACAAUGGAAACCAUUGAUAGAAGAUCGUAGUUUCUUAGCAUGGCUUGUAAAAAUACCAUCUGAACAGGAACAGCUAAGAGCCAGACAAAUAUCUGCUCAACAGAUUAACAAAUUGGAAGAAUUGUGGCGAGACAAUGUUGAUGCAACUUUUCAAGAUCUUGAAAAGCCUGGUGUAGAUGAAGAACCGCAACAGGUCUUAUUACGUUAUGAGGAUGGAUACCAAUAUCAGAAUAUAUUUGGCCCGCUUGUAAAAUUAGAAGCUGAUUAUGACAAACGUUUAAAAGAAUCACAGACCCAAGAAAAUAUUGAAGUAAGAUGGGACGUAGGUCUGAAUAAAAAAACAAUAGCAUAUUUUAUGUUAGCUAAAACUGAUGGUGAUAUGAAAUUAAUGCAUGGAGAUGAAUUAAGACUUCGUUAUUUGGGAGAACUUCACAAACCAUGGUCUGGUAUUGGUCAUGUUAUCAAAAUUCCUGACAAUUAUGGAGAAGAAGUUGGUAUAGAAUUGAAAAAUAACGCAGGCGCUCCUACAGAGUGCAUUAGUAAUUUUGUCGUUGAUUUCAUCUGGAAAAGCACAAGCUUUGAUCGAAUGCAAUUGGCACUACGAAAAUUUGCCGUGGAUGAUACAUCCGUAUCAGCGUAUAUAUAUCAUAGAUUGCUCGGUCACGAAGUAGAAGAAGUUCUAUUUCGUUGUCAUUUACCGAAACAUUUUAGUGCUCCUAACUUGCCAGAUUUAAAUAGAUCCCAAGUAUACGCUGUAAAACAUGCUGUACAACGACCAUUGUCUUUGAUACAAGGUCCGCCUGGUACAGGAAAAACUGUAACCAGCGCUACAAUAGUAUAUCAGCUUGUGAAACAAAACGGAGGUCCGGUACUUGUUUGUGCACCAUCUAAUACCGCGGUCGAUCAACUUACGGAGAAAGUACAUAAAUCUAAUUUAAAGGUAGUACGUCUUUGUGCAAAAUCACGUGAGGCGAUUGAUUCGCCCGUAAGUUUUCUUGCAUUGCACAAUCAAAUAAAAAAUAUGGAGACAAAUACGGAAUUGCAAAAGCUUCAACAAUUGAAAGACGAAACGGGAGAAUUAUCAAGCGUAGAUGAAAAACGUUAUAGACUUUUAAAGAAAGCUGCAGAAAAAGAAUUGUUAGAGGCGGCCGAUGUGAUAUGUUGCACCUGCGUUGGCGCAGGUGAUCCAAGAUUGCACAGAUUAAAAUUUCACUCUAUACUUAUAGACGAAAGUAUGCAAGCAACGGAACCAGAAUGUAUGGUACCAGUUGUUCUUGGAGCUAAACAAUUAAUACUUGUCGGAGAUCAUUGCCAAUUAGGACCUGUGGUUAUGUGUAAGAAAGCUGCAAGGGCUGGACUUUCCCAAUCAUUAUUUGAAAGAUUGGUCGUUCUUGGCAUCAGACCAUUUCGUCUUGAGGUCCAAUAUCGUAUGCACCCAGAUCUGUCUCGUUUUCCAUCUAAUUUCUUUUACGAAGGUUCCCUUCAAAAUGGAGUGUGCGCCGACGAAAGAAAAUUAUUAAAGAUUGAUUUUCCUUGGCCUGCUCCUGACAAACCUAUGUUCUUCUACGUAACUCAAGGUCAAGAAGAAAUUGCUGGUAGCGGUACAUCUUAUUUGAACCGAACGGAAGCAUCUAACGUAGAAAAAAUAACGACAAGAUUUUUACGUUGCGGCGUAAAACCAGAACAAAUUGGUGUAAUAACACCUUACGAAGGUCAAAGGGCAUACUUGGUUCAGUACAUGCAAUAUCAAGGUUCGCUGCAUUCUAAAUUAUAUCAAGAAAUAGAAGUCGCAAGUGUCGAUGCUUUUCAAGGACGCGAAAAGGAUAUAAUAAUUAUGUCUUGCGUAAGAUCGAAUGAACAUCAGGGUAUAGGAUUUUUAAACGAUCCAAGAAGAUUAAACGUUGCAUUGACUCGUGCAAAAUAUGGUAUUAUUAUCGUAGGAAAUCCAAAAGUACUUUCGAAACAACCACUUUGGAAUCAUUUGCUGAGCUUUUACAAGGAACAAAAGGUCCUUGUAGAGGGCCCAUUGAAUAAUUUGAAAGAAUCUAUGAUACAAUUUGCUAAACCAAAAAAGCUUGUUAAUGCCGCAAAUCCAGGAUCACACUUUAUGACGACAUCUAUGUACGAUGCCAGAGAGGUUUUGAUUCCUGGUUCUGUUUACGAUCGUUCCGGUAAUCAGGUUAACGGAACUCAAAAUCACAAUCCGUAUUAUCAGAGAAACGUACCUUUGGAUAUUUUCAGUAGAACUCACGAUACCAUAAGUUACAUAAGCCCUGAAAGAGCACAGGCCGCCAUGAAUAAUGUACCAGUCCCAGUUGGUAUGUUUAUGAACAUGGCCCAUGUACCACCGCGUUUUUAUAAUCAACAUCAACAGGCUCUACAAGCAAGACAAAAUCAACGAAAUAGACGUGGCACUCCCGCAUCUAAAAAUAAAUCUGGUGCGCGUAUGGGUAAGCUAAGUCAAACCGAACAAAACACACAACCAUACAGCCAACCAGGAUUACCAUUGACUCAAGGGACAACUCAGGGUAUGUCUCAGCCAGGAUUCAGUCUUUCUCAGCCUGGAUUAAGCCAGGCUGAACUUUCACAGGAUUCCUUCGCGGUUGGGGAAUUUCAAUCACAAAUGGACGGCCUGCUGUCCCAAGAUUCGACUUAUCAAGGUGAUAGAAGUGGUUUUUAUCAAUCUGGUCAGUCACAAGCCGGGGGACAAUUCUCCCAGCCAUACUGAGCCAAGACCAUACGGCUGAGCAACGCAAUUGCCAUGCAGCGUCGCGGGAGCGACUGAAGGCUCGUUUGACCAAUUCUUCUUCGACCAACAACUCAAAUCACUAACUGCGCAAAACGGUAAAACGGCUCGGCGAUCGAGUAUGGUAUAUGAAUGGGAGUCGUCGGCGUAAAAAAGUGGAUUUAAGGGAGAAAGUCUGUCGCCGUCGUCGUCGUCGUCGUCGUCUUCGUCUUUGUCGUCGUCGUCGUCUUCGUCGUCGUCGUCGUCGUCGUCGUUGUCGUUGUAGUCAUCGUCGCCGUCGCUGUCGCCGUCGCCGUCGCCGUCGUUAACGAUUACUCGUCGAAUGAUGGAAAUGAAUGAUAACCGCUGGUUAUAAUAGUGCGACAAGAAACAGAAAAACAUCUUAAACAGGGAGACGACAACGAAUAUUACCAAUCACCGUGACACGCGUUUACCGUGAACGGACCGUUUUAUCGCGGGGAUCGAGUGACGCUAGGAUUAAAAAGUCAAAAAAAAAAAAAAAAAAAAAAA